AUGGGAAUGCUGUCCUCAGGUUCAUAUUUCAGCAUUUUUUUCUUCUUCGGAUCAGCUAUUUUUCCCAUUCAGCGGUUUGAACUAUAGACACAUUGGAAAAACCAAUUUCCAUAAUUAGUUCUAGCAUUUUUGAGCCGUGUUCAAAGUAGCUUCGGCGAUUUCAAAAUUGACGCCUUAUUCGUUUAAAAUGAUUUCGAGAAAUAGGCAGAAUUGGUAUUCCGGGAAGGGGUAGAAAAAAAUGACAAUAUAUCGCUAGAUACGCAUUUUUUACGCGCGAAUUCGAAAUUUGCGUAGAAAAUUCCCAAAUAACUCCAAAGUUUUGCAUUGGCGCGUGAAAGUUACAGUAAAAAUGAAUAUUUAACGAUAGAUCAUGACUUACACUCUUCGAAAGGCGCUAAAAUUAGAAAAUUUCCGAGUUUUAAUUGCUAUGAACUCAUAUUUAUUAACGUUCGGCUAUUCGACUGGGACUGGGAUGAAAGAAAAAAAGUUUACAGAGUGAAGGAAGGAAGGAAAUUAGAUUUGACGUCAAAAAGUAGUCCGUUACCAUUUUUGGGGUGUGAUAUUCAUUCUCGUCUUCGAAACAAUGAUAUAAAUUAUUUUAAAGACUUUUGGAACUAUGAUGCUCCAAAAUAGCUAUCAAGUGCUUCAGCCGCUUCUCGAAGCUUUUCAUUCUAUUUUUCAGUGUUUCCCUUCAUCUUCAUCGCCACACUCCUUGUCUACUUUCCUGCGCCGAUACUAACACGUUUAACUAUUUCUUAUUUUAUCACUGUAUUCAGUUUUUCAGAAUGUUGUGAUUCCCCUAUUCUGGGUGUCGGGACAGAGGCCAGUGGAACCUCGAUGUGUGCUUCAUGCAUAAAAGGGGAAUUUGUCCUGAAGAAACAAGAAAGCUCAGGAAAAGGCAUUUCAAUAGCAAGAACUUUGAAAGCAGCCUCUAGAAUCGUCUUAGAAGACACCGCUCCCACCUUUUUCGAAAAUCUUGAAACUCUAAGUUUUAACGCCUCCGACUUCUUCAUCUCCCCCGGUACCUAUUUUUGAUUUUGCUGUGGAAAGCGGUCUCAAUUUAACAUUUCACUGAAUCUCAUACCGCUACCUAGUGACGUGAUUUUAUUUCUCAUUUCAUUUUGAAUAUUUGUCUCUAAUCAGGAGACACGUGGAAUUUUUUCUUUCUUCAUUUCUUUUUUUUCCGAAGUAUAGUCUGUUCAGAUUUUGAGUGUCAAGUAGAAUGACGUCAUUCGAAAAGGCUCUGUGGAUGGCUCGCUCUCUGAUUGGUUCAUCGCACCAUUAUGGGCGGAGCUUGAGCGACGACUUGACAUUCAAAAUCUGAACAGACUAUACGAUUUUAUUGGAAAAUGAGUCACAGUUUAAAAAAAAACAAUUUAAAAAAAAAUUGAAAACAUUUUUCGCGUACCAUGUAAAUAAAUAAAAGCAAUUAUGUGUGCGUGAGAGAAGCACUUGAUAUAUUAGUCAAAGUAUUUUUUCAGAGCCUCUCAUUCGUAUCCGAAGAUCGGCUGUGACCACAGAUUCAUUCAGCAAACUGCAUAAAAUUGAAAUCAGCCCCUUAGAACCAUAUUGUCAGAAGGGAACGAUUUACGACAUAGACGGCAUGGAUCCGGUGCCGCUAGAGAGACUGAAGAAUCUUGAGAAGGUUGCUACAAGAUUUUUUGUUAAUGGAAAUAUGUUUCUCUCCAUGUCCUCUCAAUGCCUGACAAAAUAAUAAUUUUUAAAAUCAUUCCCCUAUUUAUUUUUCAAAAAAAGUGCAGAUAACGUCAACUUUUAAAUUAUUUCACUUGACUUCAUCGCAUGUUUCCAGGAGUAAAUAUGAUACUCCUGUUUUUUAGGAGGUCCUGAAGCCUUGCGCGACAUUGAUUCCGACGACGCUGUUGCCGAAACCCUGCGUAUGCAACGAAACGACGCAAGCGACAUCGCGUAGCCCACCACAAGCCGCAGCUGCUGGCUCACAACAAAACAAAGACGCCGGCGAAGGGACUAAAGAUGUGGAGAAAUGCUCUUACAAUGGUGAUUAUUAUUUUCAGACAGGAGGAUUUAGUGCUAGGAUCUUUCAGGUUUUGCAAUAAAAAUCAAUUCAUGAAGCUUUCACAGGAGAUCUUAUUCCAUGUUUGAAGUUAUAUUUUUUCUCUAUCGCAGUUUUCAAAUGUCAAGUCGUCGCUCAAGCUCCGCCCCCUAAUGCCGCGAUAAAGCAAUCAGAGAGCGAGCCAUCCACAGAGCGUUUGCGAAUGACGUCAUUCUACUUGAUAUUCUGAACGAACUAUAGUCUGUUCAGAUUUUGAAUGUCGAGUCGUCGCUCAAGCUCCGCCCCCUAAUGGUGCGAUGAACCAAUCAAAGAGCGAGCCAUCCACGGAGUGUUUUUGAAUGACGUCAUUGCGCUUGACAUUGAAAAUCUGAACAGACUAUUUAUUAUCGGAGUUUCUCAAUCCCGAAUGAGCAUGAUUGGGAAGAAAAAAGCUUUUCCUAUAUUGGCCAAUGACGUGAAAAAAUUUUAUAUUUUAGCUCGCGUGAGAAAUAUCUUACUGGCCUUAUAUUUCUUAUUCAUAGCUUCUUUUUGAAAGGAAAUGAGAAGCAGAAUAAAUUCUUUACUAUGCAGAGUUCUAUAUAAAAAACGAAAAGUUAAAGAAAUCAUUCUAUUUUUUUUUUUCAGACUUGUCUUUUAUAUACCAAUUUUAUGUACUAGAUCAUUUUCAAGUACUCACGCAUGCUUAAAUUGAUAAUUUAUGUUUCGUAACUACUACGGAGUUGAUAAAAAAAUACUUCGAUAAAAUGAAAAAAACAUGAAAUUUGAUGAACACCAAUAAAUAGUGGGCUCUUUUUUCCCAAAAAAAAAAAAAUAAGAAUGAAUAUUGACAGGAACAAUUAUCUUGACGAUCCUGGGAACUUCGCUCGUUUGGUUCCUCUUUUUUUUGGUCAUGGUUUUCAUCCUCCGUUCACUUCGCGCCGCACAACCGCCGCCAGAAGAGGAAAGAAUUUUUAUACCCACGCCUCCCAACGAACUUUCAAUACUUGCCGAGUGUGGUUGGAUGAAAAUCUGUCACCCCGAAACUGUUUUUCUUAAUCGUUCAGUGGAAUACGUAUCGUAUCUGGUGCACGAUUGCCACGCGAGCCUGGCGGCGGCUCACACGGUUUUCGGUAUCUGUUCUUUCUUUUUUUCGGAAUUUUUUUUUUCAUUUGUUAUUCUUUUCAAUGGUUUCAAUCGGCUUGAUAAGAAAAACAUUUCUCGUUAACAUUUCAUAUUCAUUUUUCCAGCUGAAGACACGUCCCUCCUGUUCGAGAUUAUCGAGUCGAGAACCGCUCACAUCAGCUCGACGCGAAAUACCAGAAGUUAGUUAGAGAACAAAAGUUUUGACAGUGUAAAAGUUUUACUACUCAAAAAAAAUGAUCUGAUAGAUUGGCAGCGCUUCUAAUCAGUCGAAAUCUGCUUAAAAAACCGCCAAACCUUCGAAGAUGGGGAAGAAAAUCUUGAUAUCUAACUUUUCAAUGUUUGAACUGUCAGUGUGAUUUUUCUCGUUCUGAAUGGUUUCACUAAGUGUAGUUUUAGACAGUAUUUCUGCAUUAAACUAUUUAUGUGAUUUUAAUUUCUAAAUUAGAUCAAAAAAUUUGCGAAUGCGACUGAUGAAGGCCGGUUCGGCCAUCAACCCCGGUCCAGGCACAGCUUUGAUUUUUUGACUACUAGGACACUGUAGAAAAUUGUUUCCAUUUUCUCGCACUUCAACAGGGAUGCACGAGACACGAUCGUCUCAGUCAAGAAUUUCGUGUCUCGAUCUUGUCUCGAGAUGAAAAAAACUUGUCUCGUGCAUCCCUGCACUACACUAAUGAUAACUGCAGAGUCUGAUGCGAGAUCGGUGGCAGUACAUUGCUCGCAAACAUCUCGCGCAGGUCUCGCAUUUCUAAAGUUUUCAAAUUGCGUGAAAAGGGCGAGAGAAAUGCAAGGUGGCGCCUGGAAAAAUGCGAGACCCGCUUGAGGACAGAGCGAGAUGUUCGCGAUUUCGUCAAUUUGCCGCCAGCGAUAUCGCAUUUCUUUCAGCAGUCAUUCUUAGUGUAGUUAAUGUGCAGCCUCAUCUGUUGCAGUGGGAUCUUUCCGAGAAUUCGGCGAAUCUGUGGUUGCGAGGCAAAAAAGGCUCACGGCGAUGGGAGAAACCUUGUACGAGACAGAUAUUAUGAAUCUAUUAGAAUAUCGAGCGGAAAACGUCGCCAUAGAGAAGUAAUUUUUUUUGACGGUAAGAAAAAAGAAAAAUGCGCUCCUAGGUUAAUUUUUCGAAUGAAUUUGCUCGCCCACUAUUCAAAUAUAUUGCAGUGAAAUUAAUGCUAUACCGCGGGAGAGCCGCAAGCAAUAUCGUUUGUCUCUCGCUGUGACUUCGAAAAAGUCUUACGCCAUAUCGCUCUCUGAAAAAUGUUCCUUCAAAGAUGUUUUUUUCUUCUUUAAUUUGAUUCAUUUCAUCACAGAAAUAAAAUGCCGUGUUCAAUUUGAUUCCGCGAAAUGCAAAAUACCCGUUAGAGAAAGGAAAAGAUCACUAGAUUUUGGGGAGUCAAAGAUCAUUUUGCAUUUCGCGGAAUCAAAUUGAACACGGCAAAAAAAAGUGUUUUGAAUUUCAAUAUUUCGAGAUAGAGCUAUAUAGCCGCGAGAAGCCUUGACUAUAUCGUCUGCGGCCCGCUGCGAUAUAGGCAAUUAUGUUGGGUAAAUAUGAAAAAAUUUUCGUUCAUUUUGAGCUUUUUUUUUGGAUAAGAAUCAUGAUUUUCAUAUGGAAAAAAGGAAAAAAAAACGUUGAGUUUUUUGAAAAAUUUACAAAAAUUCAAAUUAAUCUGUGCAAAUUGGUCUUUGGUCAUGCAAACCGGAAGAAACCUGGACGUUUCUGAGCAUUUCUUACGAUCUCUUUGUGAUUACUUGAAGUGCUCGAAAACGUCCGGGGCGCGUCUGGUUUGCGUCACCGAAGUCCGAAGAGGUCUUCAAUUGAAGCGCAAGAUUCAGUUCUCCAGUUUAAUCGAACUUUGAAGGCUGCUUUUUUUCAACAAGAUAACCCUCUAAAAAGCUCUAGGGCUACUUAAGGGAUUGAUAAAUUUUUUUCGGAUUUUAUAUCAUGUUUCAGGUACGACCAAAUAAAUGUACCCAUAGAAUACCGCAUGGAGGAGAUUUUCGUCGGCGAGAAAACGUCCAACAAAAACACAUACGUCGAUAUUCUGGAAAUGAACAAAAGAAUGGACGAUGUUGAACUGCAACGGUCAGACGUAGAGAAUGUUGUCCACGUCAAAAAAGCUGUGAUGAAAGAACAACGAAAGAAUGCCGUGCAGAAAAAAACUGCAUCGCGGAGAAAGAAAGCCGGGGAAGAGGGGCUGAACAUCGACGAAGGAGCUCGCGAAUCCGCUAGCCGAGACUCGAAAGCCUCGCGGGAGUCGAAAUUCAGGGAGCAAAUGUUGAGAAGGAAGACAAGACCGGGAAUGGUCAAUAUCUUGAAUAACAUGGUAUAUGCUUACCGUGUCAACAAAUACCGCAGAAGUGAUUGUGAUAAGACGAUCAUCAAAAACACUUGUGAGUUUUCAGUUUUGACAAAAUGGAAUGAGCUAGUUAGCCUUGAAAAAAUGAACGUUUUUUUUUCCGAAUUUUUAAUCCGGGUUUCUCAAAAGUAGGGAAAUUUUCUUUCCAAAAAGUUGCCUGAAUACUUUUCUUGAUUUACGAGAUAAGUUCGAAAAAAAAAACUGAAACUGUACAUAUCUCAUUUUUCAAACAAAAAAAGGUUUCAAAAAAUCUCAGCAGUUUGUCAGAAACCGGUGAAAUUGACCACUUUCCGGCUUUAGAAUCUUCUCUCUCAAGAGUUUGGAAAUUUUGUAUAGCCUACGGCAAGAGACAAAGGUCUUGAAGCGAAGUUGGUCAAAUUUGACCUGGCCUUUUGGCGGAAAGAAAAACGUGACAAGCUGGCGCGGAAUGGCCUAUGGACUGAAGCUACCAGCUUCAAUUUUUUUAGUUCUAUAAUAGAUACAAUAGGAAUCAGCAUUUUUUUUUCAGAUGCUUCAGCAGGUGUUCAGUUAUUUUGUCUCAAAGUCUGCUGACAGAAUUAAUUUUUUUCCACUUUUAAUUCAACAUAAAUUGAUUAUUUUUCUCAGAAGGCACAAAAUGAGAUGAAGAUUUUUUUUUUCUGUUUCAGGGUUGUCGUUGGGAGCCAUUGUACGCCUUUUGACGGAAAUGGAAACCGCCAAGAACAUGAUGAAAGCAAGUAAGAUGAGAGACUGAAUCAUUUUGGAAAGGGUAGUCGUGUGAUUCCAGAUUACGACGAAACGAAGCUGCAGUUGUGCCGAGUGGCCAUGUCAGAAAUCAAGGAGCGCUGCUUGGUCAACAAUCGAGAGGCCUACGGCAAUCAGAGAAAAGGGGGUCAGAAGGGCCAAGUCUUCGACAUGCACUGUGGGGAAGUUUUCUGUUUGGGACUUUAGAAAUGUUGGAUUGCGUUAUUUUGAGUCAGUUCUGUCCACCUUAAAGACCUGCCAAAUUUUAAUGAGCUCAAAAACGUGAUGUCAAAUCCAUAGGACCUGAAUCAGAUGCUUUUGAGUCGGGUGUUCCCUCGAGGAACUGACAAGACUAGAUGAAGUUUGAAUCUUUUUAUACAGGCGCUGUCAAAAUUAGUAAGCUUUUAAAAUUUGAAUUUGAAAGAAGGUUAGCCAACUUUUGUAUGCAUUCUUUUUUCUGAACUUUUGAACUGAAGACUGCAAUAUUCCAGCUUUUGCUCACGUUUUGGAUCAUCUCAACUUCGAUGCAACAUACGAAAAGGAAGAUCAGGAAGUGCUGAAAUUUGUGAAUGAAUACGAAUACAUCCGGUACCUCGAACUUCACUACAUGGGGUUGAGCUAUACAAAGCUGAAAGGAAGUUGGUAGAGAAGAAAAAAAAAUCGAUUUUCGUUUCUAUUUCCAGAAUUCGUGUACACAAAACCUGUGCCCAGACCUGGAGAACUCAUAAGCGCCGCUUGCAAACGUGUUGAAAGUAAGUCAAAAGAAAACGGACCAUUAAAUGUUGCGAGAAAAAAAAUUUACGAUUCCAAGCGAUUUUUCUGAAAUUUGAGGUUCCCGUGAUAGAAAAGAUUGUAUUCAGGACAACAAGAGUUUUACGAGAAGGUCCAGAAGCUGGUCAAAGAAUACGCAGCACGCAAGAAGUUGAACUUAAAGACGAAAAUUAUUCCGCCAAGCAUUGUGCCAGAUAAAUUUAAAUUCGAAACGACAACUCCGGAGCCAGUGAACUUGGUGUUCACGAGGGGGAUUGCGGGCAAGGUGACUUUUUUGGGUUUCAGGGUAAAAAAAAGAAAAGUCAACUUUUGGGAGUUUCUGAGAAUGUGAUUAUUAGCAUAACUUUUAGACAUGUCAAGCUUUUCAAAGACUUCUGCUUCAUUUCAUGUUGUCGAACGAUAUUUUCAGGGCUUCAAAAUUCCAAAAAAAAUAACAACUUUUUCGAUGAGUAGAUUUCCUGACGUCGCUUCGAAAUCCAAGGUUCAUUCUUCCACUGAAAACUUCAACAUUCGUUUUUUUUUAGGAAACUGAGAACAAAAAAAGCAAGAAAAAGUGCGUUGUUCCUGGACCUCUCCUGCCUAAGAAACAGGUAAAUUUUCGCAAUUUAUGAGCGUCUGGACGUAUCGAGCAGACACGCUCGCGACCAUGAUGGUUCAAGCAAAGCGAUGUCAUUUUUCAUAACGGUUGGGAGUUUCUUGAAAAUUGGCCAUAUCGUUUUUGGAUGUACCAGAAAAAGAUCGUGACAGUUUCAAAACUGCUCAACAUUUUUUCAUUCAGGAUGCUGAGAACCCAAAAAGUAAGCACGGAAACGUUGUGACUGGACCUUCUACGCCUGAAAAACAGGUAAAUUCCCACGUAUGCCAAUAAUCUUCAACUUCAGAAGUAGUAUAGCCUAAUUUUUAAAAAAUCGAUGGUACGGCAAAAUCUCGAGUUCGCAAGCCCUGAGGACCGUAAGUCUGUGUACGCGCAUCUCAAAACCCAUAAUCUUGGAAAACGAAAAUUAUCGCUUGGCGAAUAGAUCCUAUCGUAAAUUAUGUUCAGUGAUUUAAACAAGAGAAUGUGGCAUAAAUGUGCAACAGAUAAGACGAGAAGGAGAGCUUUAAGCUUUCCAAUAUUUAUGUUUCAAAGAUUUUGGGUUUGCAGAUGUUCGAACACAGGCAUACGGUCCUCAAGAUAAGCUGACUCGAGAUUUUGUCGUACCAACAAGAAAUGAAAAAAAUAAAAUAAAAAUGAAACGUUAUCUUUCCGCUCCACCAAACUACAUAAUUUUCAAAUUUUUCGUAUUCCAGGAGCCUGAGAACCAAAAGAUCAAGCCGACAAGCGUUGUGACUGGACCGCUCACGACUAAAAAACAGGUAAAUGUUUCACCGAAAAUCUGGGGUUGAAAAGGACGCAUUUGGAAUGGGUGAACGAGGGGCGCCUGACCUGAAACGACUUGCGCUCUUGUAAAUCGCAGAUUGAGCAAACUUAUAAACUUUUUUUCUAACCGCACGAUAGGGCUUCAAGGCUGCCAGCCAUUUCUUCUUUUUUUGUAAUUGUGAUAAAGUAUUCCAGAAAAUUGGUAGUUGUUGAGUUUUUCAUUGUUCUACCACAAAGUUCGUCUAAAGUUUCAACCUGUUCAACAUAUUUUGAUUCAGGAUGCUGAGAACCCAAAAAGCAAGCAUGGAAGCGUUGUGACUGGACCUUCUACGCCUAAAAAACAGGUGAAUUCCCACGUACGCCAAUUAUCUUCUACUAGUAUGUAUUAAACGCCAACCAAAAAAGAAUUUAGCGUUAUUCGAAAUGUUUUGGGGGUUUUCUUUAACUAUUCUCAGGAGAAAAAUGACUUAAAAGGUUCUGAAAGCUUGCUCCACCGAACUUAAUUGUUUUCAAAACUUUCUCGGGUUCCAGGAGUCCGAGAACCAAGAAAGCAAUCACACGAGCGUUGUGACGAUACCGCUCACGCCUGAAAAAGAGGUAUAUUCAAAAAUUAUCAAGAGAUGAAAUGGUCAAAUUUGGAAUGUAUUCAUGAGAGGUGGUUGUUCAAAGGUGCACCUGACCCGAAAUGACUUGCGCUCUUUGUUUUAACGCAAAAUUUGCCCGUUUUCAGACUCCUGAAGGCCAGAAAACUUCGAGUCGCUCGGCAGCAGAGGAGGCCAAAGAGAGAAAUUCGCCGCUCGAAUGA